UGGUCUUACUUGCUAAGGCAUCCUGUGUCACGCAACUUCCCGAAUCUUCCUUAUAAACCCAUCUCCUCCACUCCCUCACUCUCACCCAAUUCUCAUACACACAUUUACAUACACUCUCUUCUUCUUCUUUCGGCGAUUUCUAGGGUUUUGAUCUUGAAUUCGGUUUCCAUGGCGCUCAAAGUUCUCAACUCACCCACCGCCGCAGCCGCAGCCGCAGUUCCGAAGCUACUCCACUUCGAAGAGGCGGCUAAUCUCCACAGCCUCGAGCCUUGGACCAAACGCAAACGCUCCAAGCGUCCGCGUUUCGACCAGCCCCCCACCACCACAACCAUCUCCGAGGAGGAGGAGUACCUCGCUCUCUGCCUCGUCAUGCUCGCCCGCGGCGGCGGCGAUCGUACCCAGAAGACGGAAGCACAUCCGCAGAUAGCGCAGACGCUGGUGGACAAGCCGAGUUACAAGUGCAACGUCUGCGGCAAGGCGUUCCCGUCGUAUCAAGCUCUAGGCGGACACAAGGCAAGCCACCGGAAACACGCCGGAGAUGACCACUCCACCUCCACGACCACCACCACCUCCGGCGGCGGUAGCGGAAACGUUGCUUUGGGGAAUCAGAACGUCGUGACUUCGUCGGAGGGCGUAGGGUCGAGUAGCCACGUCAGCCAACAGAGCCAACGUGAGUUCGACCUGAACCUCCCGACGAUGCCGGAUGUCGCCGCCGGCGAGUUCUUCGUCUCCGGUGACGGCGACGAAGUCAUCAGCCCGAUGCCGGCGAAGAAGCCCCGCCUCUUGUUCUCGCUCUGA